GUUGGUAGAUUGUCUCUCUUCGGCUGACUCGGGGACAAACAUGUCCCGCUCCCAGAGUUGGCACCCUCGCCUAAAGUUUUCUAGUUCGUUGUCUGACAUGUGAGGGAAGAGCUGGCCUGCAUGUUACAUGACCCUUGGCCUAGAUACAGCGGCAUCCAGGCCGGCUGCUCCAGGCCGCGAUUUUUUCUACAAUAACCAUAACCCGGGACAUAACAUACUAGAGUCCAAUGUUGGAGAGUUUACUGGAGGGUACACCACCCUCUGACAACUACCAUACCUGUGGGGCUUGACUGAGGAACAAUGGGACGCUACGAUGGGAAAACCUGCCGUCUUAUGACGCUGAUCGUCCUCACCGGACUCUUCUUCGUGGUGGAGAUAAUUGUUGGUUAUGUGACUAACUCCAUGGCACUAGUUGCAGACUCCUUCCAUUGUCUGUCAGACAUGGUGUCCCUGAUAGUAGGCCUGUCUGCCAUGAGGUUCUCCAAGAAGAGAGUGGUACACAUCAACACGUUCGGCUGGGUGCGAGCGGAGGUGCUGGGAGGGUUGGUGAACUGUAUCUUCCUACUGGCCAUGUGUUUCUCCAUCCUGGUGGAGUCCUUCAAGCGGCUCAUCAUGCCUGAACUUGUGGAGAGUCCACUUCUAAUGGUCAUCAUCGGGGGAGUUUCACUGGCUUUCUACCUCUUUGGGAUGGGUCUCCUCAGGGGCCUCAUGGUGGGCCAACAUGGUCACCACCACACAGCAGACAGCUCAACAGAACAGGACACAGCUGCCCCCUCCUCCUCCUCCAGAGAGCCGGUAUAUGACACAGACUCUGGAUAUGAUGUGGACCGAUCUGACAUCAGAAGAGACAGUGGGGUCCAGCUGACCAGACGAGAGUCCCACUCCAGUAUUGACUCAGACAUGGACAGCUCUGUCUGCAGACCACAGGACACUGCUAUAAUAGAUGCCGUACAGAUGAACCUGCGGGGCGUGUUCCUGCAUGUGCUGGGCGACGCCCUGUCCUCCCUCAUCCUCCUCAUCAAUGCACUCAUCAUCAUAUAUUUAGAGGGAGACUGGAUCAAGUACUGUGACCCUGUCCUCAGCAUCCUAAUGGUGGUCAUCAUCAUUACUACAACUGCGCCUCUGUUAAAACAGUCAGCAUCCAUCCUCCUGCAGUCGGUGCCACCCAGUGUCAGAAUGAAGAAACUCAGGACCAGGCUGCAGCAGAUCCCAGGUAUUGUGAACAUCCAUGAGCUCCACGUGUGGCCGCUGACGGGAGAGAAGAUUGUUGCGACGCUCCAUGUGGUGUUCCUGUCUCCGCUAAACUACCAGGUCUACCUGCAGCUCUGUCGCGAGAUCAAGAGCCUGCUUCGUAACGAGGGAAUUCACUCCACAACCAUUCAGCCCGAGUUUUCACAGGGUGACUAUAGGAGCAGUUGCCAUUGUCUAUUGAACUGCCAGAGAACCUGUAGGGCAAACCAGUGCUGCACAGCGGACACAGACAAACAGUUAGGCGCGCCGGACAAGGCGUCCCUCAGGAGAGUCCUAUUCCCCUGUCUGGGUGGCCAGCACCUUGAGGAGAAUGCACUCAUCCAGGCAGGGGAGGCUGGGAGGAGACCACCUGUGCAUGAGGUAUUAGCACAGUUGAGGGAGAAGUUUGGAGAAAGAGUCAGCUAUGAUGCAAGCAGUGGAGAGAUUUUUCUCCUAGAAACAAGAGAGUCCUGUCUGUAGAGUUGUACUAAUGUAGAUGGUACAUUGGGUUUCUUACGAAAAGAAGAAAACAAAUCAUUAUCAUAAUGAUUUUAUAGUGAAUUUCCAUAUUU